CUGUAGUUCAGUACGAGUCUGAAGGCAAGUAGUAUUAGUCGCAGCAGCAGCAGUGAUGGUGGUGGCAGUUGUGUGUACGCUUUUGAAGGCAAGAGUCCCGGCCUCUCCCAAGGGAAUCCAGUGCAGACCUCGGGCAUCUUCAACAACAUGUACCUGCUGCUGCACGACACGGAGGACGCAGCACUACAACGGCGACAGCGGCUUCAAGAUCCUCAUCCACGACCCUCGAGACGACCCCGUGAUCGACAUUCGGACCCACGGCACGACCAUCAACCAGGGGCUGGGCAAGGACGUGCGUGUCGCCGUCAGGGAGUUCAAGACCAUCCCGACGAAGCGAUGGCCGUGCGUCCACCAACACCAGCUACUCUUUCCUCGCAGUGCAUCUCCCGCUGCUUUCUCUCCGCCCUCUACGCCCACACCCAGGUGCCUCAUGCCCUACAUGCACGGUGAGGAGAGCCAUAAUGAGCAAUCACCUUCCCAAACCUAACCGAACCGAACCGAACUUAACAAUAAUAAGAAUUCACAUCCAUUCCUAACCUAAGAGAACCGCAAUGACAACUCUAUCCUAUCUGUAAUAAUUUAACGUAACCUAACCUAUCGUAAAGUACUCUAACAUAACAUUAUCUAAUCUAAUGUACGUAACAACCCUAACAUUACCUAAAGUAGCCUAACCUAAUCUAGUCUAAAUUAACCUAUCCUAACUUAGUCUAACCUACUUUAAUCUACCCUAGCUCAACCUAACCUGUCCUAACUUAACUUAACCUAACUCGCACCACUCUUCGUGACACCCGCGUAGGGAUCAGCGGGGGCGGCCGUGCAACACCUCGGCGGAGUACACGUAUGCCACGGAGAUGGAGAAGGAGCUGCUGUUCUUCGGCGGGUGGCGGCACAGCCAGUGUGGGUGCUUGAAGCAAUGCAACGAGGAUAUCUACUCUGUGUUCACCGAGGCGGCCAGCACAGCACGGGACUCGGCCAAACUGCGGGUGUUCUUCCAGGACCUAACCUAUGACGAGGUGUCGGAGGAAAUCCGCAUACGACACCAUCGCUCUGCUGUGUGACAUCGGCGGCACCCUAGGACUUCUGCUGGGGGGCGUCCGUGCUCACCUACAUGGAGUUCCUGGAGGUGUUGUUGGUCAAGUGCCUGCGCCGCUAGAGAGAGAGAGAGAGAGAGAGAGAGAGAGAGAGAGAG